AUCUUCUUUUCUAUAAAUACAGAACCCUUCUUACCAUCUUCAAGCAACUAGCAUACACAUUACCCAAACAAACAAGGUUACACUCCUUAAUAAGUAACUAACUGAUGGCACUAAUUAGUGUAAUUUUCUUCAUUUUUCUGGCUUCCCCAUCUGUGAGUGCUGCACCUUGUAACCCUCUUUGUUUGCAUAAAAGUAAGGCUGGUUAUUUUCCUUUAUCUAGGACUACUCUCACCUCUGGAUCAUGUGGGUAUGGUUCACUAGCUAAAGGCUUCAAGAAUGGAUACAUUACUUCUGGUAUUCCUUCCUUACUAGGAGAAAAGGGUGUUGCCUGUGGAUCCUGCUUACACGUAACUUGCAAGAACAAAACAUUAUGCAGAGGAAAAGGCACUAUUGUAGUUCUAACCAGUAGUCUUACGCCGACGAAAAACAAUUCGGAUACGGAUCUGAUUCUUAGUGACAGAGCUUAUAUUUCUAUGGCUGUUAAGUGUAAAGCCAAAGAACUCCUAGCACUCAAAACUGUCGAGGUUGAAUAUAUAAGGGUACCUUGUGAAUACAAGAGCCACAAUGUCUCCGUAAGAGUAGAUGAAAGUAGCAAGAAACCAGAUCGUUUAGUACUUACAUUCCUCUACCAAGGUGGUCAAACAGGAAUCUAUAUGGUCACAGUCUAUGCUCAAAAUAACUUUACUAGGAUCGAGAGAGAUAUGGACCGAAUACAUGGAGCGGUCCGGGAAAUGAACAAGGUUCCCGAAGGAAGUCUCAGUUUUAGGUUGUUUGUAUAUAAUGGAUAUGAUCGCUCCUUUGUGUAUUCCAACAAAGAUUUGCCUGCCGACUGGAAAGUUGGAGAGAUUUAUGAUCUGGGUGUUCAAAUGAAUGACCAAUUGGAUAAGCGAGAUGGCUGCACCCCUAAUUGUACCGAUGGUCAACUUGAUCAGUAGAGGCAAACGGUGAUGGCAAGUUAAGUUCCGGCUAUUCAAUGAGACUGGGAUUGGUGGUUCUCUCUGUGUGAUUUUCAACGCGGACAUUUCCUUGGUCUUUCUUCUUCUUUUUUACCAGGAGUAAUAUUUUUGUUUUCAUCAAUAAGAAAUAAAUGAAGACAUGUCUUUACA